AAGGCAAACUCAUAUCUGAUUUAGGUUUCCGCUUCACUACUCAACCGAGUGUGUGUUGAUUUUGCACACCGCUGAAUCCUGUAGUCCUGUUGGUAGAAAAUUUUACAGACACACUAUAAAACAGGCAAAAAGGUCUAAAAAAAAGAAAAAGGACCUGUUGGCGCUCACCUUUGGACACAAUGCUAAGGCUGCAGGUUUUGAAGGAAACUUUCUUUGGCUUGGAUGCUGCCCAACAGCAGCUUGUAAUAGGGACAGCUGCGGCAGCAGGCGGGAUACUUGCAUACGUAGUACACCAAAGAAGACAUGUCAAAAGUAUUCCACUUGGUGAAGGGUGGUGGGGAACAGGAGAGAAACCGCUGAUAGAGGAUGAUAAAAUCUACCCCUUUCAUGUGCAAACCUCAGAUAAAGAGAUUGAGGACCUUCAUGAGCGCAUUGACAGAACCCGAUAUACGGAUCCUUUAGAAGAUAGUGGCUUUCACUAUGGUUUCAGUUCCACUUAUCUGAAGAAAGUGGUUUCCUACUGGAGACAUGAGUUUGACUGGAAAAGUCAGGUGGUAGUGCUUAACAAGUAUCCACAUUUCAAAACUAAAAUAGAAGGUUUGGAUGUGCAUUUCAUCCAUGUGCGGCCACCACACCGUGAGAAUCAGAAGGUUCUGCCUCUCAUGCUCGUUCACGGCUGGCCUGGCUCCUUCUACGAGUUCUACAGAAUUCUGCCACUUCUCACAGAGAACCAGGAUGGUGUUGUGUUUGAGGUCAUAUGCCCAUCUAUUCCUGGCUACGGUUUCUCAGAAGCCCCUCAUAAACAAGGAUUUGACAGUCUCGCUGCUGCCCGAGUUUUCCUGACACUGAUGGAGCGUUUAGGUUUCUCCCAGUUCUAUCUGCAGGGAGGAGACUGGGGUUCCCUCAUCACUACCAACAUGGCACAGAUGAAGCCUCAGUGCGUGAAAGGUCUCCACUUAAACAUGUUUUCGUCAAGAAGGGGGUUCAGAGUGCUGUUGUCCCUCAUGAUUGGUCCUUAUCUGCCCUUCCUGGUGGGCUUCAGUCGGGAAGAUGUCCACCGGUUGUUCCCUUUCUUUGAGAAGAAUGUCUGGGGCAUCCUGAGGGAAACAGGCUACAUGCACAUUCAGGCCACUAAACCAGACACUGCAGGUUGUGGAGUUAAUGACUCUCCUGUGGGUCUGGCUGCCUACAUUCUGGAGAAAUUCUCCACCUGGACUGAUCUUGGGAACAGAGAUCUGGCCGAUGGUGGACUGGAGAGGAAGUUCAGUCUGGAUGACCUCUUAACAAAUGUCAUGAUCUACUGGACCACAGGCUCCAUAGUCUCCUCCAUGCGCUUCUACAAAGAGAACUUAAAGAGUAAUCCUGAAAAAAGACUGGAUGGAAAGACAGGGAUAUUUGUGCCCACUGGACUGGCUGCCUUCCCUGGGGAGCUGAUGCACUGCCCUAAAUCGUGGGCACAAAUGAGGUAUAGAAACAUCUACUCCUACACUUUCAUGCCUCGAGGUGGUCACUUUGCUGCCUUCGAGGAGCCUCAGCUGCUGGCCAGUGACCUUGUUCAGUUUGUCAGAAAAGUGGAGGAGUUCUGAAGAACAUCAAUGUAAUUAUGGUAUUUUUUUUUUUUUAUGAAUGCUGUUGUUUGAUUUUUAGUGAUCACUCCAAAUGGGACAUGUAUACAAAUUCUUGUUUCUAUGAUCUCUCUCACGCCACAAUUCUUCUUAUUGCUUGAUGUGCCUACAUUGCUGAAAUCAUUUAAGUCUAAGGUUUUCUAAACAUAUUCAAAGAUGAUCCUGUCCAAUGUGUCCACAGGGUGGAUUAAAGAAAGUAAUAUAAUGCAUCAAACCUCUCAAUUUAUGUUCAUUAAAAAUAUAUUACACC